AACUGAGCAUGACUCUUAUUAUGGCUAUGGCUGUGGGUGUCGUCGGUGCUAUUAUGCUCUCACACUCUCACUGAUAUUAUAUAUAUAUCUGCGUGUGGAGUCCACUGCGGUCACACACCACUGCAUCCUUUAUUUUUCGUCUGUUCCCACGCCUUUUCUUCUCUGCAAUCGCACUAACAGAUUCAGAUUGAGAGAGAGAGAAUACUGUUCGAAUCGACGCACAAAAACGGGAUCUUAAUUUGUGUCUAUUUGGAGGCGCCUUCAAUUUCGCUGUUGGAGUGAGUUCGUUUUUUCGAAGGAUCGGCUGCGGGGUCUCAGCAGGGAGCUUGUGAAUGCUGCACUGAGCUCAGAUGGCGUCGAAGCUUCACUCUCCAAGCAGCAGAGGGCGCAGUAGACUGUCCAUAUUCGCUGUGAUCGCCCUCUGCUGCUUUUUCUACUUGUUAGGAGUAUGGCAGAAGAGCGGUUUCGGUAAGGGAGAUAGUUUUGCAAUACAGAUGAAUCGACAACAGCCUGUAAACUGCACUAUUUCUCCCUCGCUGGACUUCGAAAGCCACCAUAAAUAUGUAGAACCCGUCGAGUCUUCAGGGCCAAAAGCUGAAGUUUUCAAGCCAUGUGAUCUGAAGUAUACGGAUUACACACCUUGCCAAGAGCAGGAUCGAGCUAUGAGAUUUCCGAGGGAGAAUAUGAUUUAUAGAGAAAGGCAUUGCCCUCCGAAAGAGGAAAAACUGCGGUGCUUGAUUCCAGCUCCUAAAGGCUAUACGGCACCUUUUCCUUGGCCCAAGAGCCGUGAUUAUGUUUACUAUUCUAAUGUGCCAUUCAAAAGCUUGACAGUCGAAAAGGCCGGGCAGAACUGGGUGCAAUAUCAGGGCAAUGUAUUCAAGUUUCCAGGAGGUGGGACGAUGUUCCCUCAAGGAGCAGAUGCAUAUAUCGAUGAACUUGGAAGGGUGAUUCCAUUUGCAGAUGGUACUGUUCGAACAGCUCUCGACACUGGCUGCGGAGUUGCUAGCUGGGGUGCUUACAUGCUGAAGAGAAAUGUUCUGACCAUGUCGUUUGCACCAAGGGACAAUCACGAGGCACAAGUGCAGUUUGCUUUAGAACGAGGUGUCCCGGCAAUUAUUGGGGUUCUUGGAUCAAUUAAACUACCAUAUCCGCCCCGAUCAUUUGAUAUGGCACAAUGUUCAAGGUGCUUAAUACAAUGGGCAUCAAAUGAUGGCAUGUAUUUAAUGGAAGUUGACCGGGUUCUGAGACCUGGCGGAUACUGGGUUUUGUCUGGUCCUCCAAUCAAUUGGAAGACAUACUACAAAACAUGGAAAAGGACAAAAGAAGACCUGAAGGCCGAGCAAACAAGGAUCGAAGAGUUGGCAGAACAACUAUGCUGGGAAAAGAAGUAUGAGAAAGGAGAUAUUGCCAUUUGGAGAAAAAGCAUAAAUGCUAAGUCUUGCAAAAGGAAAUCCGCCAAUUUUUGUCAAUCUCCAGAUACUGGAGAUGUUUGGUACAAGAAAAUGGAUGUGUGCAUUACUCCCUUCCCUGAAGUCAAGAAUCCCAGUGAGGUGGCUGGAGGACAGCUGAACAAGUUUCCAGCUCGGCUUUUUGAGGUCCCACCUAGAGUACAAAACGGAGAAGUUCCCGGGAUCACACCUGAGUCAUAUAAAGAGGAUAGUGAACUUUGGAAAAAGCAUGUUAAGGCUUACAAGAGGAUUAAUAAUUUACUUGGCAGCACACGGUACAGAAAUAUUAUGGACAUGAAUGCUGGCCUAGGAGGUUUUGCAGCAGCCUUGGAAUCACCCAAACUUUGGGUCAUGAAUGCCGUGCCCACUAUUGCUCAAAACACUUUAGGUGUCAUCUACGAAAGAGGACUGAUCGGAAUUUAUCAUGAUUGGUGUGAAGGGUUCUCAACUUAUCCAAGGACGUAUGAUCUCAUUCAUGCUAAUGGAUUAUUCAGCUUAUAUCAGGACAAGUGUGAAUUUGAAGACAUUCUCCUGGAAAUGGAUCGCAUAUUACGACCAGAAGGGACUGUCCUUUUCCGAGACGAAGUUGAUGUACUGAACAAGGUGAAGAAAAUUGCCGGAGGGAUGAGAUGGGACACUAAAAUGGUGGAUCAUGAAGAUGGCCCAUUUGUGAAUGAGAAAAUACUCGUGGCUGUGAAACAAUAUUGGGUUGCUGGGAACAACGGCACGUCCACAGAUGAAUGAACCACAGGUAUGUUGGCUUAACAACUGAAACUGAGGGGAAGAAUACGUGCUAUAUACACUUUUUGUUGUUAAAUUAUCCGUACGAGUCUUAGAUUCCUUUAAACAAUUGUGCAAUUGUAUUUAUACUUUCUGAAAUCUUGCCCUUUUGGAUCGACAGAACAAUAAAAGUUAAAGCAUGGAUCCACUGUCAGAUUGAAUUUAA